AUGUUGAGGGCUAUUCUUUUCUCAAUCCUCCUGGCCUCCUACGGCCUGGCUGUCAAGAUCGUUUCAACAAGCCAUUGGGACAUUGGUACGGACAUCCAAGGAUCUGAACGUCUCAAUGGCGUAAGCUAUCAGGAGGACGUCCUCAUCACAUUUGGCGAGCAUCAAUAUGUCACAUUCUACGAGACAGCCCCAGCGGGGUACGGUAAUCAUUCUGUGAGGGUUGGUCGCCGCCGCGUGCUCCCAUCUGUCGGGGCAUGGGAGUUUUUGACCCUCACUGAUUACCUCCAAACGACUCUAGACGGUCACAAUAUGAUCUCUAUGGGGAUUUCUGGCGACGGUCGAAUUCAUCUGAGCUUUGAUCACCAUGAUGUCCCGCUAAAUUAUCGAGUUUCCAAUGAUCCUAUAGCAAUUACCGUACCAAUUUGGACCGCCAGUCUAUUUGGCAGUGUAGUUCACCAGCUCCCCGGAUCAUCGGGACCUUGGACACCACUCACCUAUCCGCGGUUCCAGUCUCUAGAGAACGGUGAUCUUCUGCUAGAAUUUAGAAUUGGCCAAUCCGGAUCUGGAGAUAGCUAUAUUCACAGAUAUUCCAGCACCUCUCGCACGUGGCAGGCAUACGGCAAAUAUCUCCAGGGCAAUGAUAACAAUGCUUACAUCAACGGCCUCGAUGUGCUUAACGGACGGCUCUAUACCUCCUGGACGGUACGAGAGACACCAGAUGCGAACACAAACCAUGAUUUGUUUUUUGCAUAUUCAGACGACAGUGGUCAGAGUUGGUACAACACAAAGGGUGCAGCGCUGCCUGAUCCAAUUCCUGUGGACCAAGAUGUUGUCAAGGUUUGGAGCAUUGCUCAGAAUACUGGUAUGGUAAACCAGGAAGGGCAGCUUAUUGAUUCCAAGGGAAGGUUUCACGCACUCAUGAGGGGCAACUCUUCCGGGCAGCGGGUUUAUGAGCAUUAUCUAAGAAGCACCGAUGGAACCUGGGUGCGGAAUCUCAUCAACCCAGGUGAUAUAUCUCCUCCAGAUCUGUAUGCACCUCGUGGUAAAUUUGCUGCGGAUGCCGAUUCUCGUUAUCUGUUUGCUCUGCUGCCCGAUUUACCAGCUCUACAACUCCGUGUCUAUGUGUCGACCAGUGAUGGGCAGUUCAAGGACUGGCAGCUACUUACCGUCGUUUCUAACGCUUCCUCUGAACCACUCUUUGAUCAGAAGAGACUGAAGGAUCAAGGAAUUCUCAGUGUCUUUGUUAGACAAGGUGGUCCAUUUCCCGAUCGGAAGGUCCAGGUUUGGGAUUUCAAACUAGAGUUGUAA